UCGGUAGUGAUACACGCGGCUCCCUCACUAGUCAAUUCAGGGUUCUCCUAAUCCAGCUACCUAAACAUAUGUGUCAUCUUAACACAAGCGCGGCCUAAAGUUACUUCCAUGGUUUAAUCAUACUUGCGUGGCCUAAGUACAUUCAUACAUCCUGAACACACAGAGACGGCCCCCAGUAACUCUACUUCAGACCGGUGGUGAAGUUUACCUUGGUAUUCAUCGUUGGGCACGACCAGGAUGGCUGAUAUGAACGAAAUGACGACGAGGACACGAGGAGCGAACAGAGCGACCUGUCGGCGUCAGCUACAGAGGCAUCGUCGCUGGUGACGGUGAGGGCUGGCUGCUGUAGCUUCAACCCCGUGAGUCACUCUGGCAAGAAGUGGCACCAGUUGCAGAUGAUGAUGCUUCCCUUCAUACCUAUCGCCGCCCUCAUCGUCCAGAACUGCUGGUUCAUGACUACCGUCGCCGAUCACCAGCGAGAGAUGCAGUUCCUCGCCACACAGGUACACGUGACGGUGGAGCUGGGCGUGUUGUUGACGGCACUGCAACUGGAGCGAGGCGAGGUGGCCUAUUAUGUCUUCUCCAACGGCUCCAAGCUAAGAUUGAAGGGAGAGACCAAGACCCAACACUUAUCGGAGGGCCAGAGGACGAAGGAAGCAUCGAGCGUAACUGCAAGGCGCUCCCAUUCCUCCACACCAACUACCAGCAGGAACAACCUUCAAGACACCUUCCGCCGCACUGACCAGAUCCUCGAGCGGGUGUCCUCCUGGCCUAACUUCAGCAACUACACCAAAAGUGAUGUACUCCUCGGCUCCAAGCUUAGGUUCCAGAUUAAGCUUGAUGAUUUAAGGCAGGGAAUGAACUACCAAGGAGACACAGUGGCGGAGAAGAUGGACUGGUACAGCUACAUUACCUACUUCAUCAUGGAGGCCAUCGUCUCCAACAUCAAGGACGCCAACAUCUCCAGCGUGUGGAAGCUGCUGGUGGCUUACAAGGACAUGAUACGAUCGGUGGAGUAUUUCGGUAUUGUUAUGGUGGAGGGCUUAAACUUCUUCGGGAAAGGUAGUCUUAGCCAUCCCAGAUUCGUCAACUAUAUCACCUACGAUAUACUGGCGUGGAAGUCCCUCAACCAGACCAAGGACUUCGUGCAGGUCAUCCGCGAGAAGGUGGAGGACUUUGACAUCAAGUAUGAGGAAUUCAAGAACAUAACUGAAUGGCGUAACCUCAUCAUCAAUAACGAUGCUCAGUUAGAGAACCUGAAUGUGGCCGACGACUACUACUACGUGAUGGUGCGCUUCACUGAUGAGCUGCGUGACUUACAGUGGCUCCUCCUGGACAUGAUCAGGUCGUACAUGAACUCAGAGACGCGGAGGGUGGACACUCAGGUGACAGUAUCCAUCGUCAUCCUGGUCGUGGUGGUCAUCAUAUCUCCUAUCAUCAUCUUCCUAGUCCGCCACGCUACCUACACCCUCCAGGUGUUCGCGGCCACCCUGACGGCGAAGGGGGUGGAGCUACGCCGGGAGAAGCGUCGAUGUGAUCGUCUCAUUUACCAGAUGUUGCCUCAAGCUGUCGCCAUCCAGCUCAAGAAGAAGAAGUCGGUACCAGCUGAGAGCUACAAGGCGGUGUCUGUUUACUUUAGCGACAUCGUGGGCUUCACCACACUCUGCUCCGACUCGGAACCAAUCCAGGUGGUGUCGUUGCUCAAUAAACUGUACAACAUGUUCGACUCGCGCAUUGAGAACUUCGAUGUUUACAAAGUGGAGACGAUUGGUGAUGCUUACAUGGUGGUGUCCGGCCUUCCCCACCCCAAUGGGCUGCGUCACGCGUCAGAGCUGUGUAACAUGGCGCUGGACUUGAUAGAGGGCGCCAAGAGCUUCGAGAUCCCACACAGGCCCGACAAGUCCCUCUUAAUCCGUGCUGGCAUCAACUCUGGUCCCUGUGUGGCUGGUAGGUUAACAGUGUCACAAGUACACUGCCUUCACUACCCUGCCACGCCUGCCACAAAUACGCUGUCUUCCCUGCCACCAGUACCAUACCUUCCCUACCAGACUACCACUAGUUCCCUGCUUUCAGUACCCUGUCACGCCUGCCUUAAGUACACUUGUCUCCCCUACCACCAGUACCCUGCCUACCCUGCCACCAGUACCAACACUUCCUAUAUAGGUGUGGUGGGCACCAAGAUGCCGAGGUACUGCCUCUUUGGUGACACUGUCAACGUCGCCAGCAGAAUGGAGAGUACUGGAGAAGCCAUGAAGGUACACGUUUCCCAGUCCACCAAGGAGAUACUUGACCAGCUGGGCGGCUACACUUGUGAGUUCCGAGGUUACCAGGAGGUCAAGGGUAAGGGAUCCAUGCCCACCUUCUGGCUGACGGCGGGGCCCUCAAACACAAGCAAAGGCAUCAAGAUCCCCAUUGGUAACCACUGACGCACUCACUCCAGCACCAGCCUGUUCACCUCCUACCUCACCUCGCCUGUCCAGUCAUCACUGUUCACAGCUGCAGCCGUCAGCAGUGUUCACAGCUAUUCCAGUCAACUUACUCGACAAUUAUCAAAUCUGCAGUUACCAAAGCUAUUUUAGUCAGCAAUGUGCCUAGCAGUUUAUUAAUGUCCACAAAUGUUAUAGUCAAGUGUCCACAAGUGUUCCAGUCACAUUUGUCCACUAGUGUUCCAGUCAAGUGUCCACAAGUGUUCCAGUCAAGUAUCCAUAAAAGUUUCGGUCAGAAAUGUUGACCAGUAUAUACCGUCCUCUGUCGUGGGCCGCCCGGCAGAAAUGUCAUAUUCUUUUCUAGCUGAUCAAGUGUUCAUGUGUCAGUGCAAGAGUACAGUAGCAUAAGUAACCCACACAGUCGCUUGUAGACAUAUUUUUAUCGGCGAGUUUGUUUAGCAUACGAUUUAAGCUGUUUACCAAAGGAAUUAUUUAUAUCUCCGUAAAUAUUAACUUUUUUGAUAGGUUGUGAAUGGCCGGUGUGACAGAUUUUCCCAGAUGAUUGUUCCCUCACCACAGCUCCUUCCUGGGCCAGUCUUCACAAGUAUCACAUACGGUGUUUUGUUUCGUUUGUCUUUAAUGAAUAAUCAACGACUGGGAUGAAGAGGUAGCUGAAGAACAACACCACUGUGUUUACUCUGAUUUAACUUCGGUUUUUAGUUAAGUAGUAUUAAGAGUAGACAGUUUUAACGUGAUGUGUCAGUGAGAGAUAAUAACAAGAGCCAAAACUCCCACCGCAUAUCAGGAUUCUGUGCCAAGUAGUUUAUAGAAGUUUUAGCAUUAAAUGACACUUUAUUAGAGUCGAGAGUGUUUAUAAGUCACAGGCGGCCCUCUCUUAUACUCAAAUAUUUCCCGUACACACGUGAGGGUCAGGGUGAGGAGACCAAUUAUAGCCGACUCCCCGAGAUGAUAUUUUUGUCCGUCACUGUCUGUCUUGUUUUGAUGACAGGGAAGUAGGACUCACUGAUUUAGUCUGAUGGGGAGAGAACUUUGACGAACAUAACAAGUUUGUCCCUCCUAAAAAAUAGAGAAGGAAAUUGAUACAAUGAGUUUGUCCUCAUUAGCACAUAAUGUAAGGUAGACAUAGAUACUUAUGUAAAAGAAUUUAUCAACGAUAGUUUAUACAUUGGCACACGUGCAGGAAGCAUACUUAGGGAUAACUACUAGUGUGUGUGUGUGUGUGUGUGUGUGUGUAAUAAUAAUAAUAAUAAUAAACGGUUUAUUGAAAAAGUUU